AUUCAUUGGGCAAAGAAAAUCGAGUCACUGGUUUUAGUCAUAUGGCGGUUCUACAAAGUUUUAUUUUGUCCUCAUUUAAGAUUCUAUUUUACUCGUCUAUUUUGUUAAUGUUAUUUUCAAGUUCUUCAAAUGGAACUCGGGCUUCACAAACUCAGUUCCAUACUAUGGAUGAUAUUACGUCCCAGCUCUCGGCUACGGAGUGCAGUUCAGCCAUCCCUCUUGGUAUGAAGAAUAGGCAAUCAGCAGCAGUAAUGGAAGUCGUCCACAGGCACGGUCCAUGUGGUGGCAAGAGUAGUCAAAGAAAAGCUAUAAGCGCAGCCGACAUCCUCCGCAAGGAUCAAUUAAGGGUGGAAUCCAUCAACAAUCGUGGUGGUGGUGGUGCUGGUGCUGUUGGCUCUCCCCUCAUCUCUGGCGAUUCCCUAGAUACGCUCAACUACAUCGUCACCAUGGGCCUCGGCACCCCACAUAUAAAGCAACAUCUCAUUUUUGACACCGGCAGCGACGUGACGUGGGCUCAAUGCAAACCGUGCAUUCGGAGCUGCUAUAGCCAGCAAGGCCCAUUAUUCGACCCCAACAAAUCCUCUUCCUACUCAAUCAUCCCAUGCAAUUCCCGUGAUUGCUCUAUCCUGGACUAUCACAAAUGCUCCCCACACAACAAUUCUUGCAUCUACGGCGUCGGUUACGGUGAUGGAUCCUAUACCGAGGGCUACUGGAGCAAGGACACACUUACAAUUGCAUCCAAGGUGGCAGUCCCAGGUUUCAUGUUUGGCUGUAGCCAACUCGCUGGGGGCCUUUUCGGACGUGUAUCUGGACUCGUGGGCCUGGGCAGAAGCAAAGUUUCCCUACUUUCCCAAACUGCUAAUAAAUUUCAUGAAUGUUUCUCCUACUGCUUACCUCCCAACACAUCCUCCAAAGGCUUCCUAGCAUUAGGAAAAGAUGUUAAUUACGAUAAUGCCACCAAGUUCACGCCUUUGAUUUUGAAUCAGGAAUACCCAUCGUUCUACUUCAUCGACAUAGUCUCCAUAGCCGUGGAAGGAAGCAACUUAACCAUCGGUCCAGAUGAUUUUACGGGCGGCAUCAUCGUGGACUCAGGCACAGUGAUAACUCGUCUCCCGCUGGACGUGUACAAUUCGUUGAGCAGCAAAAUCAAGGAGGUGAUGAUCAAAGAGUACAACUACAGCACUGCACCAUCAUAUGAUAUACUGGACACUUGUUUUGUUGGCAAGGAAAAAGAUAAUGCCCCAUCUAUGUCCUUCACCUUUCAGAAUAACGUGCAGGUUGAUUUGGAUGCUUCCAACACAUUUUAUGCUGUCAACGAAUCUCUAAUAUGUCUCGCUUUCGCUGGGAAUACAGACCCUACCGAUUUCACCAUUUUUGGCAACUGGCAGCAAAAGACAUUCGAGCUCGUGUACGAUGUUGCCGGCGGGAGAUUAGGGUUCCGCCGAGGCAUGUGUGCUUGACUGCUUUCCAAAUAUGCUCAUCAUUUAACCUCUCACGUGACUCUUCUAAGGGCUCAUUUAGUUGCAACCAUAUAUAAUGUGUCCUCACCUAUUUCCUCUUUUAUUUUUAUUUUUCUUUUCUCUUUAAUUUCGGUAUGUUCAUCUCCUCUCGUUGUAAGGGUUAUAUGCAAGAAUAAAAGCUUAGUCAUAUUUA